AGUUCUUUUGAUGGUUUGAAGUGAGCAGUUAGGUAGGAUGUUGCAACGCAACAUAUACAAUGAACAUCGUUAACUGGCAACAAUUAAGUAUAGUUCGAUAUUGUUUAGAAUCUAUAAGCAGUUACGAUACCUAACUAUCUGUGUUAAAUAAUAAAUUUGAUGCCUACAAACUGCACAUAAGUGGAAGCUACGAAAAGAAAUAUGCAUGUUCCGGACAGUUGGAAAAGGUAAACAAUAAUAAAAAAAAAGCAGCAUUUGAUGUAUUUAUUUUAAUACAGUAUUUUCACUUAUGUUAAUAGAAAGUUAUAUAUGUACAGAGACAGAAUGACUAUUGUACAGUGUAUCUACUGUAUAUAUAUAUGUGUAUAUACAUAUACUGUAUAUACACAGUAUAUAGCUUCUGUAUACAUAUAUAUAUUAAAUAUUAAAUAUUAAGUAUAUACUGUUGAUAUAGCACAUGAUAUUCUGUAUCUUAUUGGUGCAUAUUUUUUCUAUAUUUAGAGAUGCACAAAAAUGUACUUGUAAAAACAUAAAAAAUUACUAUAAGCCUAUGAAUUAGAUCGUUAUGCUUCGUAAGGUGAUAAAUGGAAGGACGUAUUGUUUUCAGUACGAAAAUAUACAAAUUGGAUGACAGUGGGCAGACGUAUUGAAAGGCUUUAAUAAAGGCCUAGACUGUAAUUAUGCCGCUAAAGGAAAUUUUCAAAUAUUGAUUUAUUAAUCGAACGAUUUAUAUUACCACUAUACAACAUGUUCCUUUCUUAAAUCCUUCCAUUUCACUACCAACUCGAUCUAGUCUUUUUUCAUGUACAGUAUGAACGAAGCAGACAAAUUAAAGAGGUACAUGAAUCCUCGGGCAAAACCUGGGGAACCUUAUCAAGCAACUUUUCCUGAGAGUGUUGCCAACGUUAUUACUCACGCCAUAUUUAUUGUACCAGCGUUUGUUGGCUUUUUAUGGAUGCUCUAUAUUUCCAGUGAUUUUAAUACUCGCAUUGUUGCUUGGAUUUACGGCAGCUCUCUCGUUAUAGUAUUCACAACUUCUACAGUCUUCCAUGCAAUAACAUUAUCAAAAGAUUUAUCAAGAAGAAAGAGUCUAAAAACUUUUUUCCAUGUAGGAGACAGAGCCGUUAUUUACCUCUUUAUAGCAUCUUCUUACACACCGUGGUUAAUUCUAAAGGAAGACGUGCAAAAAGCUGCAACACCGGUCCUUUACACCGUGUGGAUUUCUGCUAUUAUAGGGAUACUCUAUCAAUAUACAUUUCAUGAACAGUAUAAAUUUUUAGAAACAUUACUCUACGUUAUGGUUGGCUUAUUACCCUCCCUUCCCCUAAUUUUUGUCCUUGAAGAUUCAAGUGGCUUGUGGGAGAUGUUCAUAGGUGGCGUAGUAUACAUUGCUGGUAUAGUAUUUUUUAAAAGUGACGGGAGAAUACCAUUCGCUCACGCCAUCUGGCACUGUUUCGUCUUUGUCGCAGCGGCCAUGCACUACGGAGCAGUUUGCAAGUAUUUGUUCUAG